CCUCACCAUUCUGUGCUGCACUGCACAGCUCCUGGAAUCAUGGCGGAUGGUCACAGCAACAACAAUCAUGUCCCGGUUUUGCUUUCAUUUUCAUCGUUCUCGCGACCGUCUUCUGUGCCUGUUGGUUCUGGAUAUGAAGUGCUUAUUCAGAAGUUUUUGUCCAUCUACGGACGCCAGAUUGACCUCCAUCGUAAAUUUAUGAUUCAACUGUAUUCGGACGAGUGGACACAGUACAUUGAUCUCCCGAAAGGAUUUAUCAUAUCAGAGAAAUGCAAGCUACGAUUUGUACCUUUGGAAACCGAUGUGACAAUAUUGGGAAACCUGAUCCCGGCAACCACGGCAUUCUUCUGCUGUGACAUGCAAGAGAGAUUUCGCCCGGCUAUCAAGUACUUCGGUGACAUCAUCAGUGUGGGACAGAGACUGCUUCAGGGGGCUCGUAUCCUGGGCAUCCCGGUCAUAGUAUCGGAGCAGUACCCAAAAGGUUUGGGCAGCACGGUGCCAGAGAUGGACCUGACUGGCGCCAGGCUGGUGUUCCCCAAAACCAAGUUCUCCAUGGUGCUGCCGGAGACCGAAGCAGCCCUGGCAGACCUGCCCGGAGCCCGCAGUGUGGUGCUGUUUGGGGUGGAGACACACGUCUGUAUACAGCAGACAGCCUUGGACCUGCUAGCGAGGGGCUUCGAGGUGCACAUUGUCGCUGACGCCACUUCCUCCCGCAGUAUGAUGGACCGAAUGUUUUCACUCGAGAGGAUGGCUCGUACUGGGAUCAUAGUCACCACCAGCGAGUCGGUUCUUCUCCAGCUGGUAGGAGACAAGGAGCAUCCUAAAUUCAAAGAGAUCCAGAACAUCAUCAAGGCCAGCGCUCCAGAGUCAGGCCUGCUCUCCAAGGUCUAGCCUGGGCCACACAGGGUCGAUGAGAAGCCAGGAUCUCUCCUUAUUCGCUCAUCCAGAGUCAGAUGUGGACUUAUUCUCGUAGUAUUUAGAGUUGGGCUGGGGAGAGAGAUAACCUGAUCCUAAAUCUGUUGUUUAAUUAGUAUCUAAUGCUUAAUUUAAAAGGGUAAUUCACAGAAAUUAUGUAUUUACAUUGGCUCUUUUCCUUAUUUUGUCAGCGAUCUCUGAAGGAACGUCAUCAAUCCAUGCCUUGGUUUUGUUUACCUGCCAUCUUUUCAAGUGCAAAUGUUUUAGAAUUUGUGGCACAAAUCCUGUUACCUAUUAAGCAUUUUCUUCCAAAUCAUCCUCAACAGAAUGUAAAAUUUAUUGUGUAGUUUAAUUAAACUCAGAACUGUGGGUAGGGUCAUCUGAUCCGGUCUUUGCUUUAGAACCACUUCUACUUAUAAGCCUUGACCCACCAGGGGUCAGAUGAUAAUUGGGGAUGGACCAGUUCUCUUUCAGGCCUGGUAUGGGAUGUUCACUGGACUGGAUAUUAUUAUUAAAAAAAAGUACUUUAGGGAAUGACUUGAAUGAUACAAUUAUGCACAUUUAGCUGAUGCCGUUGUUAAUGGUGGUUAAUAAGCUCACUGGUAUGCACAGUCUGUUUCAGCUAGGUUAACUUUAGCUGGAGGUAUUUCGGGUAAAUCAGUAUGUCUGACUGUUAAAGAGGUUGUGGUACUAAUUAUAUUUAUGCACCAAGCUUAUCAGCAUGACUGAGCACAGGAGUGAGUACUUUAUGAGACUACUGUAUUUUGUCUAUGAGGGUAUUUAUUUAUACCAAUGCAUAUAUACAGUAUACUGUAUGUUUCAACAGACGAAGAAGAAUUACGCUUCAUUACUUAUUCAUUGGCAUAUUCUCAUAUAUCGGCCUGUAAUGAAAAGGGAAUUAACUAUUUAUAAUAGUUGAGACUUUUACUUUUGUGAACAAACAUGUUCACAAAAGGCUUCCCAGCCUGUGUAGUUUCAUCCAAAAAGAUUGAAGUGUGUGUGUGUGUGUGUGACCAACUACAAUGUUGUUGUUUAAACCAGCCUUCUCUGUGCUUCCGACAAUGUUCCUGUAAUGAGUUAGAAAAUAUAUCCGGUGCCUGUUCACUGUCUAAACUGAUUGUACGGUAUGACAGCUCUUGAAGGUACUUUUUUGUGGCAAUGUAGAUUUGUAAAUUGUUUGUGGGAAACACAUGAAUAAAUGUUUUCCUGUA